AUGGCUGCUGCAUUCAAUCUCACGCCGCUGGAUCACCAGCUUCUAGCCAUGUCCGACGAGGAAUUCGUCCCUCAUGACUGGAACAAUCUACAAGACAUCAUCGCACGGAACGAUCUAGGUGCACUCAAGCGGAAGCCUUCCGAUUUACGCCGAUACCUAGCCUGGAGUGCCGAAAUAAAGGCGGAGUACGGGUCGAUGAUGAACUACAUUUGUUUACAACGAUUGAAUUGGCCACUUCCAUCUACUUCAUCGGGGACUGUGCCUGCACAAGAUACACAUGAUCCAGCUACGGUGAAUGGCUCGGGUUCUUCGGGUUCUGGUGGAGUUCUAACCUUUAACAACCCGCUGCCAUUUGCCGACCCCUCUGAUUACCGAAUUUUGCGCAAUGACUGGCCUUACGGCAUGGACGCCGGCAUUUCUCAUCUAGUUGUGUGGUUGCGCACGCCUAUUCCUGUGGAAUCGGAUGAAGGGCACUUGACGAGCGAGUCUCGGGCGCUGAUCAAUGACUUUGUGCAGCGUAGGUUUGUAAAGCGUUUGGCCGAGGAUAAGGCUGGACGGUUUACUGCUCCCGAAACGCAUGUGUUGUGGUUUAAGAACUGGGUUGGAUUACAGAGUGUACGUGCGUUGGAGCAUGUUCAUAUCCUGGUGAGGGAUGUGCCAGAGGAGAUUUUAGAAGAAUGGUCGGGAGAGUCAAGAUAG